CCAAGAUAAUAAUAAAUUAAUACGUAUAAUAAAUGGCAAACACUUAACAUAUAUAAGUAAAAUAUAUUGUUAAUGUUGAUGGUGAUCACAUGAGUCUCCUUAGCUGAAGUUGAACCACGUUAUUCGUUUGGAUCGUAUACACAACAAUAUUAUAAAAGCACUCAUUCGGAAUGAUGCAGAGUAGUGAUUAUUUAUCGUUUGCAUACAAUUUUCUCCGGUGGAUCGGCGUGUUUCAAUCGAGUGACUCAACAAAAUGGACGCGUUUGGCUUUGAACUUUUACAGAUUGAUCAUUUUUAUCAUCCUGACUUUGUUAACGAUUCUGAUGUUGGUCCAGAUGUUCAUUACCACCGACCUAACAUUGUUGGCAAGGACCAUAGAUAUUUGGACCCUGUUUUUCUCAGGCUUGUAUAAAUGGCUUUAUAUGACGGCGUUCAACUGGGAAUUUUCCCAUCUUAAAUUCGCACUGACACAAUUACAAACUCAAGGAUCGAUGGCAUAUGGACGCUCAGCCGAUGUGUUUACUGCCGAUUAUUUAAAACAAAUGCGAAAGAUCAGUUGUUGGUAUUUAUUCAGUGGUUUUGUUGCUGCUUUCUUUAUAUCCGUCAAUCCCCUGUUUACCUUGAACAAUGAUCAGUCCGAUUUUCAAUACUACAAUGAUCCAAAAAGCUAUCCUUUUAUCUGUUGGAUACCAUUCACGUUGAAUGAAAAUUGGAUGUUUUUAGCAAUUUUUGCCUGUCAUAUUAUUGCGUCAUUUUUAAUCGCGGCUAUAUAUUUAGGUAUUGAUAUAUAUUUUUUUGGGGCAAUUUAUGCUGUCGGUGGUCAAAUCAAAUUACUAAACACAUCUCUAAAUAAUAACGAAAAUAAUUUAGCACAACUUGAAAAUUUUUCGUGUUCAAACCAGCCUUCAAUUUUUACUGAAAAACAACUAAUGCUAUGCUACUCGACACUCCGAGAAUGUCUAAAACACCACAUCCUAGCCCUUGAUUAUAUAAAAAGUAUAAGUAAACUAUUUAGCACACUUAUACUUAUGGAUUAUUUACAUGGAAUAACCUCGCUGACAUUUGCAUUGUUUCAGUUAACGAUAAGUACCAGCAUAGCUGAAACAAUUACUGUAAUAUGUUUCAUUUGUGUGAGUGUUUGGCAUCAAUAUCUCAAUAAUUUUUUUGGUGAAUUUAUCAUACAAAAACAAAUAAGUGUUAGUACGACAUUGUAUAACGUUCCGUGGUGGCGAUGCGAUAAAAAAAUACGACAAUUAGUGACGUUAAUGAUUUUGAGAUCUACGAAACCAACUGUAGUCACAGGGUAUUACAUGUACAAAUUAAGUUACAAGUCGUUUAUUUCGUUUGUUAAAGCACUAUACACUUACUAUAUGGUAUUAAAGCGAGUCAAUAUCCAAGACACAAAUAUAUGAGUUGGUGGGCAGUGACUCAAGUAUGAAGAAUGCGCUACAAACUCAAAAACGAUGUUUCAUCGCAAUUUUAUGAGAAUUUUGUAAAAAAUAUAAUUCGAGUGUUUAUUUUUAUAUUUUAAAAAUAUCAUCAUUGGGUCACUACCAUAGUGAGUAAACUUAUACGACUAACAUCAUUCAUUUCAGAAGCACUUUGUAUAUAGUCAGAUAAAUUAUAUUGUUAAUUAAUUGACUAAUCAUUUCAAACUUAAUUACAAACAACAUUUACAGAGCGGCAUAGGCGUGCGCAGACUUCAAUUUCUGGUCGCGACUGGAACAAUGAAUGCCCCAAUACUUGGACAGUACCCUUAACUUUUUUUUUUCAAACACAUAAAUGUACAUUCUAAUUGUAAAUUAAAAACUAUGAAAAUAGAAUCAAGUUAUAUGUGCACACGACAUCAAUGUGUUAAUUUCUAGACAUAUAUUUUUUAAGUUAAAAAUAAAUUUUUCAA